CGAAACGUUACUCUCUGCCGCCGUGUUUGUGUAUCCAGUUGAGCGACGCAUUCAUUGUCAUUAGCUCCGACCCUGCAUUCGUGUGCAAGCUUCGAUACUGCAACUAGGAUAAUACCAGGAACAUUGGCUUUGCUGUGAAUCUGCUCAAACUCCUGCUUAGCCGGCGACACAGAAGGAGUCCAUCAGGUCCUCAUGGAAAGCACGUCUACACAAUCGCCGAUAUUGAAACUACUUGCGUCAGCAAGCCAGAUAUCCCAGGGCGCCGAAGCAAAAAUAUACAAGGCGCAGCUCCAUCCGGACCCAACAUAUUCGGAUCCAGGUGCGAAGACGGGCCAUGAAGCGUGCUCAGAGCCCGUGCUGCUGAAGUAUCGCUUUCAUAAGCAUUACCGCCAUCCAUUCCUCGAUGCAUCGCUCACGAGGUCGAGAGUCGCGGGAGAGGCGCGUGCGCUGAUGAAAUGCAUGCGACAUGGCGUGAAUGUACCUGGCAUCCGGAUGGUCGAUGCCGUUGAAGGCGUGUUGGGACUGGAGUGGAUUGACGGCAAGAGCAUUAGGUUCCUGCUGGGCGGUGGUGCUGAAGGGGAAGAGGUAGCCGAAAAUGAGAUUGAGGAGACUGAGGAUCUGGAGGAAGCGGAAGAUCCCCUGUCGCAAUACGGUGUAAACGCAGACACUGUUAUGCAUAUGAUUGGUACGGAGAUCGCUAAUAUGCACCAAGCAGAUGUUGUUCACGGAGACCUCACGACAUCCAACAUGAUGCUUCGACAUCCUUCCGCCUCUAAGGGCGGCGAGCUUGUACUAAUUGACUUCGGGCUGGCCUACACGUCGACCUUAGUAGAAGACAAGGCUGUAGACCUCUACGUAUUAGAGCGCGCUUUUGCAUCGACCCAUCCCGCAUCGGAGCCACUCUUUGCUUUGGUGUUAGGGGCAUACCAGGCGAAAAUGGGGAAGGAGUGGAAGGCGAUCUCGAGACGAUUGGAUGAUGUACGUCUAAGAGGCCGCAAGCGCAGUAUGGUUGGAUAGGUCUAGUCCACGCUGACGGCUAGUAAAUCUGUAAUAAUGCACCACGAAAAUGGUCAAUCGCGAAGAUCAUCUGUUGCAGUAGCUCUUUCUUCUAUACAGAGACGCGAAAUAUAUACAGCUGUACUGAGGUGCACAUAUCGUCAAUUGCAACACUCAAUUGGACCACAGCGUCUGUCGGGGAUGGAAGCAGUGACGGUCUCAAUGCUGGAGAAAUUCAUGCCAUAACAUUGCAAUAACAAUUGUGCUGGUGUCGGCGGCGCGCUUCAUGACUCACCGUAUCAUUGUCGGUAGUUGAAAAGCAUUAAUCUGAACGCACUAAGCGC